AUGAGAGAGAUUGUUCAUUUGCAAGUCGGACAGUGUGGUAACCAGAUCGGUAACAAGUUCUGGGAGGUCAUCUCUGAGGAGCACGGCAUUCAGGCUGAUGGCUCUCACAAGUCCUCUGGAGACGAGAAGCUCUCAAAGCUCCAGCUCGAGAGAAUCAACGUAUACUACAAUGAGGCCCGCGACAAGAAGUACGUUCCACGUGCUGUCCUCGUCGAUCUCGAGCCAGGUACCAUGGACACCAUCCGUUCUGGUCCAAACGGUCAGCUCUUCAGACCAGACAACUUUAUCAAUGGUCAAUCUGGUGCUGGUAACAACUGGGCCAAGGGUCAUUACACUGAGGGUGUUGAGCUCGUUGAGUCUGUUCUGGACGUCGUCCGUCGUGAGGCUGAGGGCUGUGACUGCCUCCAAGGUUUCCAGGUCACUCACUCAAUUGGUGGUGGUACGGGAUCCGGUAUGGGUACCUUGCUCAUCUCCCGUAUUCGUGAGGACUACCCAGACCGUAUGAUGUGUACCUUCUCCGUCGUCCCAUCGCCAAAGGUGUCGCUCGCCGUCACCGAGCCAUACAAUGCCACCCUCUCUGUCCACCAGCUGGUUGAGAAUGCCGAUGAGGUCAUGUGUAUUGAUAACGAGGCUCUGCACGACAUCUGUUUCCGUACCCUUAAGCUCGCCAACCCAACAUAUGGAGAUCUGAACCAUCUCAUCUCCUCAGUCAUGAGUGGUAUCACCUGUUGCCUCCGUUUCCCAGGUCAGCUUAACAGUGAUCUUAGAAAGUUGGCUGUAAAUUUGAUCCCAUUCCCACGUCUCCAUUUCUUCCUCGUUGGUUUCGCUCCAUUGUACGCCAAGGGCAACGAGUCCUACAAGCGUAUCUCUGUGCCAGAGUUGACCACCCAGAUGUUUGACACCAAGAACAUGAUGGCUGCUUCUGACCCACGUAACGGAAAAUACCUGACUGCUUCCGCUCUGUUCAGAGGAAAGCUCUACACUAAGGAGGUCGAUGAGCAAAUGCUUUCUGUCCAAUCAAAGAACUCAUCAUACUUUGUUGAGUGGAUCCCCAACAACAUCAAGUCCUCUAUCUGUGACGUCCCACCACACGGACUGCCAAUGUCUGUCACCUUCAUUGGUAACUCCACCGCCAUCCAAGAUCUCUUCAAGAGAGUGUCGAAUCAUUUCACCGCUAUGUUCAAGCGCAAGGCUUUCCUUCAUUGGUACACCCUCGAGGGUAUGGAGGAGCUCGAGUUCACUGAGGCCGAGAGCAACAUGAACGAUCUGGUCUACGAGUACCAGCAGUACAACGAGUUCACCAACGACGAGCCAGGUGACGACGAGGAGUUCCAGGAGCAACCUGCCGAAGAG